UUACAAGACUUUAUCAUAUGAUUCAUGAAUGGUUUGAUGUUUUUGAAACUGUUUAUUCGAUUGUUUUAUAUUAUCCUGGAUGAAGGAAAAGAUAACGUAUCACUUUGAAUAGUCAACAUUUUUUCCUAUUGCUGUUUUAUUACUUUAAGUUUUAGGCCUACUUAAGUUGACACCAGAUAUGCCUGCAGGCUGCACACUGUGGAGAUGUACCGGUACCAAAAGAAUAGCGCAAAUCACUUUCGUGCGUCAGAGCAUUUUGGAAUCAUUUUUUUGGUGACUUUGAAAAUUGUUGAAGUAUUAAUGUCUAAAUAGGUCUAGGCCACUUGUUACUGUAGUCUAUUUUACGUAGAUUGUCUUCGAUCGCUUUUCAACAUGGCGCAAACAGCUGGAGUACCAUUGUGUAAGGUAAAACUCUAGCAGUAUUUUAUUUUCCAUACUAUUGUUUCACAAAAUUGGCAAAAUCAUAUUAAAAGUGAACGUUUUGUACUUUUUAGGUAAUUUACCACUUGCAUAAAUCACACUUGAUUAAUAUAAAAUAAAUAAAGACAUUAUUUUAAAAACGAAACCGAAACUAAAAAAUGAUCCACUUAAUAGUUCAAAUUAAAAUGAAUUAUGAAGGCAAGGGAAUCAAAAUAUGGCUCUGUUUCAAAUCAACGACGCUCAAAAUGUGGGAAUAAAACUACAAACCGCUUUUAAUAAGACUAUACUUUACAUUGUUAUUAUUUUUUUAAACAUAACUUACUAUAAUUUGGUAUUGCCUUAGGGAGAAAAAAAAGCAUAUUCAAGGAUUUACUGGUGAUGAACUGUACGAACUAAUAUGUCAUAGUCUAGAAUUUUGAUCGCGGCGGGACAAUGUACUUGAAAAUUAAAGAACUUUAUUGAAUCGUACAUGGAAUCAAAUCAGAAGCGUCACCAGGGUGGGUGUCACCCGUUUCGGUAAACUCAUUAGUGUCACCCCCACACACACCUUUGUACCACCAACCCCACACACACUCACACACUUUUCUGAGAUCUGCCCCUCGUCAUUUUUAACCAGAUCAUAAAUUAACGCUUCUAGUUUUUAAGUGAAUUACGUCCUAAAACAACAAAAUACAUGAGAAGAAAACAUUUGAGAUAACGGCUUUUAACAUUUAAAAACAUUAAAAUACAUUUUAUUGAAACAUUUAAAAACAUUAAAAUACAUUUUAUUGAAACAUUUAACUUCACAAUUAAAACAUUAAUUUACUGGUCUUUAAAGAAGCAAACAUGUCAUCAAAACUUCAUCAAAAUAAACAUUCUUCCCCUCAUAACUUUCAACUGACAACAUUGCAAGAACAGAAAUCUUGGAUUGCUCCAUGGUAGAUCGCAAAUAGUUCUUUUAAAGAUAUAGGUUUUUUUUUAUAACAUCCUCUCACACGAAGCCACAGCCACAAAAUUAUCAGGUGCUUUCCCAGCCUUGGUUAUUGCUAUUAAAAGUUCAUUCUCAGAUAACUGAGAGAAAGUUGUCAGAUUGCGAUGUGACACCAAUAACUCUUCUUCAGACAUCAACAGUAGAGGCAUAAAAACAUAAUCAUAAUUUGAUACUUCCAUGAUAUCUCUUGGUCUGAUCUGAAGUUCAGCGUGAAAACGAUCAAUAUACUCAAGGAUUGUUCUAUUUUUUUUCUUUUUACAAAGUGAUUCCAGCGUCUUUUGAUUGCUCCCCUGCAAUGUUCUGCAUCCCAUCUAGACACCCUCCCCCCCCUCCCCCGCGCGAGCCCUUUCCGAAUCUGCCUGCUCUGGUGAUACCCAGAUCUGUUGGCACUCUGAUUUGGAGGAAAGUUGCUCAUUUGGCAGCCUGACCCGACUGCAACCAACUCUAGUGGCAACCUCUAUAAUUCAGGUCUUGUAUUUGGUUUUUCUUCCCCCAACAAAUCUGGCUGAGCUCGUGUCAGCAUUCAUGAACAAUUCAAAUUAGAGACCGGCCGAAAAAGUGACUUUCUGAUUUCGGCCGAAAACAAAACUAUGCCGAAAUUUAAAGAUGACUUUCGGCCGAAACUGAAAUUAAAACGAAAGUUAAUAAUUCAGUUUUGACCGAAGCCGAAAUUAAACCAGCCUGCAGAAGGCCUACUACAUAAUUAUGAUACAAGCCAGUGAUACAUGCACCCACUUGUUAUUUCGUCAAUAACAAUGUUUAUGAGCAUGAUAAAAUAGCAUAGGUUUCCUUAAUUUAAAAAAAAAAUAAACAAAAAUAAUUGGAGAAAUAUCACCAUUCCCUAGAAUUAUGCAAUAUUAUUCACCUUUGCCUAUGACAAAAUUGAUGAGCAUUAUAAUGAUAAAUCAAAUAAAUGAAUAUCACAAAUGAAAGAAUUGAAUAAACCUAGGGUUCCAAAUUUUAAGUUUGAAUAAAUUGAAACAAAAAUAAUGAUAUAAAAUAUUACUAUUCCACUAGUUAUUUUUUCCACAAAUCUGUUUAUAUUUGCUUAUGUCUAAUUAAAAUUUAAUUUUUUGGAAAAUGAAAGGACAAGUUAGGUCAUCAUGCAGCUAUCAGCAGUUUUCGCAGAGUAUUAGUAUUAGUCAUACAACAUACGAUAAGAGGUAGACGUCGAGCAAUAAUGAAUAUCGGAUUGCCCGCCUAGAGACAGACAGACAGUCUGACCUCUGGUAAAUGACCGAAAACCCCAGUCACUUUCGGCUAGAAGGCCUAAAGUCCCAAACACUUUCGGCCGAAACCGAAAUUAAACCGAAAGUUAAUAUUUCAGUUUCGGUCGAAACCGAAAUUAGGCCAGAAGUGAUCAAAUGGCCACUUUCGGCGCCGAAACCGAAGCCGAAAUUCGGUUGGUCUCUAAGUCAAAUGAAUACAAUAUUGCCAAGGAAGCAUCAGUUUCUCUUGCCCAGCAAUGGGGGUGCACAUAUCUUCUUUGGGGCAAUUGGUAAACGAAUCGCCAAAGCAAAGAAGGAGUUUGAUAAGUGAUGCGAUGACAGCAGACCCACUGGUCCGGUCUCUCACACAGCUUCGUAGUUUCACUGCAAUGACCUCUUGCGGAAUGACACCACCGUCUAUCGGAAACGAAAUAACAAAAUAGACAUCGUGUCGAGUGAGUCGACAUGAUAAGAUGAAAUACAAACUGAUGGGCUUGACAUCAAACACGAGUAGAUCUGGAUGGGACUCGUCAACCUAGGAUGGCAACUCAUCUAGGAGAAGGGAACUCUGAUGACACACCUACACUGCUUCCAGUUGGCAGUAGAAUAAAAAGGGCUUUAGAAACAACAACUAAAUUGCGGAAAACAGCUGUAUCUUCGGCACAUCGCCAAAGUACGCCUUCCCGGUACAACCGGACCAUGGUUUCCAACCGUGCAUAAAUGUACGGAUAUUCUGUAAAAAGAGUGAACAACAAUAACUUUCCGUAAAUGUCCUUAAAAACUUUAGGAUAUCCGAAAAAAAAAUGAAAUUGUACCAAAGGUUUUAGUAACGCAGCAAAAUGAGAAAGAUGGGCAUUUGUCUUUUCCUCUUGUUCGUCUUACACUUGAUAGGUUCUUUUAUAGCCACGUAGCCAUAAACAAAGUUAGACGGAAAGUUGAAAACAAAUUUAAUUGAUACUUUAAAAAAUUGAAUAUGAUUGUGUCCGUACAAAAAUUAAUUGGUGCUAUGUAUUUUUAAUACUUAAAAUUAACUCCACCAGAGUUUUGCAUCGCAAAAAUAACCUGCAAGAUCUCUUUGUUGUUUGUGUUUUCAGGUAAACCCUCGAUACCUGCACAGUAACUCAACCAGUCACACUUGGGCAUUCAGUGCUAUAGCAGAGUUAAUAGGUCAGUGCACGUUGUAAAAAUAUAAUAAUAAUUUUAAACUUGAAGUGACUCUGUAAGCCGUAAGCUGCGAAAAUGUAAAUUCAGAGCCGGCGCUACGGGGAUGGGGGGGGGGAGGAGGGGGUAAUCGACCAAGUCCCCGCGCUUUGUGGCCCUUAUACUAUUAUAUAUUAUUAAUAUGGCCAGACCGUGCCCAAUCAUAAUUCGUAAUUUCCAGUCAAUACAAUACUAGGGGGCUAGCCUAUGAGAUAACCAAAUGGGUAGGAUGCGCAGCUCCCAUUCUAUCCCUCUAGAAUCAAUCUCUUGAAGACUUUAACUAUGGAACCCCGUGUAUCCUCAUUUCAAUCCAAAUACAGAGAUGAAGGAUUUCCAUGUGCAAAGACAACUGCAAAGAAAAUAGCACGAGAAACAAGCAUCCAACCGGUGUUUAACCACUUCAUUACCGAUGACGUCGACGUCAUGAUCACCCACUUUCAAUUACCAAGGACGUCACAUCGACGUCAUAACAAAAAUUUUAGAACUUUUCUGAAAUACCGCAGGACGUCACGUCGACGUCAAAUUUCAAUGCUAUUUAUUUCCUUGUUAGUUAAUCUAUAGAGAAGUUAAAAAGUGAAUCGGAUAGAGAAUGAAAUUUACAGAAAAAUUCAUCUUUUUUUUUUUUAUAUAUAAUAAUAAUAAUAAUAAUAAGUUUUUUGUUGCUGAGUCAGCAAAAAUCGAUGCCCCCAAAACUCUGCGGUAAUGAAGUGGUUAAAUCACGUCACGAUUAGCGAAUUUAAAGAAUAUGAAUCUAGAGACGAGACACAUCGGAUUACCGAGGAAUAUUUCAGGAUAAAAUAUUUCUUGUGAUUGGUAGACCGGUCGUUGGGAUCCUUGAAGAAACGUUUCUAAUUUCUAGGACUGCAACUUUACGUUUACAUUUUUCACUUUCUGUGUGAUAUUCAGUAACUCCGUUUUAAUGGCAUGACUUAAUUUGAGCAAACAUUGCUGUGUGCGGAUUCGGACGUAGCGUUGAAAAGGGGGGUGAUUCCCGGGACAUAGAAAGUUUGGACUACCGAAGGGACUGAAGGAAAUGAUUCCAGAAGAAGCACAAGCGGCAUGUGGGUGUUUUCAAUGCACGUGCCGCUGGCAGAUUCACCUUCGAAUGCUGAGAUCUUCGCUGAUAAAUAAUGCUCACGCUGCUGGUAACCGUAGCAAGUGAACAAACUAAGGUUGGUGCAAACAUAAUGAGAUCGAUCAGGUUUAAUGGACUGGCAACAUUGUCAACUGAACGUGAUAUUUUCACUAUGAUACCUUUGACUAUAUGAAGACCUCAUUACAAUGUUUGCCAUAACAAAACAAAAAAGCGUGGAAUGUGUCUUACGCUGAAAGCCGUUGUGUUUAUUUUACUGGUCUGCAUUGUUUGCUUGAUUUUUUUCGCCUGAGGAUUAUUUUUAUUUCUCUCAAUCUCGCUCAAAAAAAGUAUUGUGCCCAGUGGCGUCACUAGGGCUUUGGGUAUUGCGGUCUCACCGGGUGGCACCCAAAGAAAGGGAUGAGGAAUAUAUUUCUAAGUAAAAUUCUAUAGCAGGGUGUCACCAGACUUUUAAGAAUCUAUAUCGCAUCUUACAAUAAAAGUUCAGAAUUUUCUUAUAAACGUUCUGGGUAAUCACGUGAAUGAGACGCUUGCCAUGAAAUAAAGACCGAAGUAUUUUGGAAUCAUGUUGGACAACACACCUGAGCUAUCACACGCUGACACGUUUGAGGUUAUCAGACAUGCGAAAGCCCACGAUAGGAAAGUUGAAGAGAGAAGCGUGCCUUGGUUUUCUUCUUUUAUACUUCCACUCAUUUACGUAAUGUUUUAUUGAACACCCUGGAGUUUCAAUGAAAAGAAUAUCAACAACGCCCUGGGGCAGGGGUGGCCAACCUUUCAAGCAGGCGGACCAAAUUUCAGAAAUAAUAUUUCAUGUUCGUUAAAAAAAUUACGUCAAAUUUCUUUUUGAAUCGUAAAACAAAAUAAUGCGUUCAAAAAGAAAUUUGACGCAAAGUUUUAAUGUGUGAACUGAAAAAAAAAAAAAAAGAGAUUCAACCAAAUUUCCGUUCGAUCAAAUUUCCGUCGACCAAUUUUCCGUCAACGAAAUUUCUUUCAAACAAAUUUUCGGAUACGGUUAUUGUACAAUUUUGAGGUGGUAAAGUGCUAUUCUAAAAACGAGAGUGUACUACUUUGGAAGUUUCAGAGUAACCAGGUAUGCUGCUGCUCAGAUUUAGCAGCCUAAUCAAGACACAACUUUCCUUUUAAUUUUUUUUUUUUUUUUUUUUUUUUUUUUUUUUUUAAUUUUUUUCACAUAAAAUUUUUUUAAAAAGGAAUAAGCAAAUUCAAACACAUUAUUUUUUUUUAAUUUUUUUUUUUUUUUUUUUUUUUUUUUGUUGUUAAUUUGCUUCACAUAAAAUGUUAUUAAAGAGGAAUCAGCAAAUUCAAACACAUUAUUCUUUUUAAGCAGGAUUGUUAAAGCCUUAUAAAUUUGGUUUGUUAAGCUCACAACAUCAAAUGCAAGAGUCAGGGCCAUGCGAUGGAGGGGGGCGAAGGGGUUCACUUGCCCCCAAACGCCUACAUCCGAGAGACGCCACAAUCGUCUUUAGUUAGGAUCUUUAUAGUGAAUGAAGCUAUAAAAUCCGAUGUACUUCACAAAGACAAGAGAUGCCAAAAUUGAAUAUUAAUUAGUCAGUCAUAGUUAGCAUAGCUAACUAAAGCGAUAGGACAUUUUUUUCCGAUUUGCAAUAAUCAUUUAUUUUUAUCAAACGCUGAUGGAUAACUGUUACGUGCCGUUAUAUAGUUUUGAGAGUUUAAUUUGUUUUAAUUUUUUGUUAUUAAAUGUACAAUAUUUAACAAAGAACUAAAAAAGGGUAUGCUAAGAAAAACUAUACCAAAGCUAGUGAUACUAACAAUAUUCCAUUUUAUUAUAAGAUUAAAUUUAUAUACAAAUACAAAAUCAAAGAGAAGUAGAAAUACAAACUAUAUUAACUUACAGCACAUCAUUUGAAACAGAGCAAUCCUCGAAAGAUACAAAUAUGAAUGCACACACAGAUAGAGAGAGAGGGGAGAGAGAGAGAGAGAGAGAGAGAGAGAGAAGGGGGGUGUAGAGGGAGGGAGGGAGGGAGAGAGAGAGAGAGAGAGAGAGAGAGGGGGGGAGAGAGAGAGAGAGAGAGUCUCUCUCUCUCUCUAAGAGAGAGGGAGGGAGAAAGAGAGUGAGAGAGAAAGAAAGAGCGAGAGAGGGAGACAGAGAAAAGGAGAGAGAGGGGGGAGAGAGGGACCAAGGGGGAGAGAGGGACCAAGGGAGAGAGAGAGAGACAGAGAGAGAGGGGGAGAGGGAGAAAGAGAGAGAGGGGAGGGAGGGAGAGAGAGAUGGCGAGAGGGAGGGGGGAGGGAGAGUGAGACAGACAGAGAGAGGGAGGGAGAGAGACAGAGUACAAUCUUGUAAGUAUAAUACGUCUCUUAAAUGACUAGGGGCAAUAUUAAAAAAAAUCUCUCUUGGCUAGGAAGGCUCCCGGCGUAUUUAUAGCAAGAGAGUUAGAACCUCCAGAAAAGAAAUUCCAGAAAUUGCAUCAUUUGAUAGCAUUCUUUAGAGCAAAGAGAAUGUUUUCUAGGGUCAACAACCUUUUCCCAAUCAAGGGAGGAGUGUGUAACAAAUAGGAUUGGCGCACACAUUUAAUCGAUGAUGUCAGUAUCAAAACAAAAAAAGGGGGGGAAAGGAGAUACGGUUAAAUGCAAUGGGUUGUGGUGAAUAAAAACAAUGCCAACAUACAGGCUAUAACAAAAACAUUUACAUCUCUGUUUCACUCUUUGUUUUUGUUGUUUUUUUAGGCUACAGAAAGAUCUAUAGGCCUAUAUGCCAUUUUUAUAUUAAAAUUAAUAUUUUACUAUUAACAUGAAAAACUCGUUUUUAAUAUCUUUAUUUUAUUGUUAAUUGAAUAAUUUUAUUACGUAUUUUACAUGAUUUUUCUCUUUUUUUUUAAAUUAAUUUUUUUAUUGUUGAUAGGCUUAUGAAGUUUUAUUAUUAAUUAUGGAUUCAUUGAACACCAUUUAAAUAAAUUGUAAUAUUAUUAACAGAUAACGCAUAUGAUCCGGAUGUUAAGGCCACGCAUGUCGAUAUCGAUACAAUGAGAAUAAAUGAUGAACAUUGUUUAAUAAUACAAGACAAUGGCGCUGGUAUUGAAACAGCAAAUCUUUUAAAAAUGCUCAGGUAAAAAUUAUCUUGUAGGCCUAUAUCUUUUAUAUAGAGUUUUUACUUCUGAAUCAUACCCUGCUUCCUUUUCGAAACCGCCCUCCCCAAAAAUCCACAUUUUUACAUGUGUAGGACAGGACAGCUUAUGGGACGACAGGUAGAGUGUAGGACUUCUGUUGGCCUAGUGUUUAACGCCCAGCAUUUAUUACUGAAAAUGAGAAGUUAAUUAUUUUUCCUUUUGGUAACACUUGGACCAAUCGGGUAUUUUCUCAAAAUACCAGGAUCCGGUGUAAAAAAACAACACACUCCACCCGGUUAAGCCGUAAUUCGAAAGCCUUUCAGAUUUAUAUUAAUUUUAUUAUUAAAUGUUAAAUAUCUGCGCAAAUUUGAAAAUAGCUUUACCGCCUAAACUGCAGCUGGCAACUUGGUUAAUCAAUAAUUAAUUUUAAAAAAUUAAAAAAUUAUUUGGUUUUUAAGUAACCUUCUUAUAUGUAAAAAUCAUAGGUUUUUUUAAUUGGGGGGAGGAGGGGGGUCGUCAUUUGGUUUAAUUCAUCUAUGCAAGGCUAGUAAUUCAUUUCACAGUUAUUGUAAAAAUCCAUCACAAGUAAUAGUUCUAUAUAUACUCAUGGUGCCAGCCGCCACUCCCCCGACUGCCACGGUGGAUUUUUGUUGUUGUUGUUAAAAAUAAGUCCACAGUCCAUUGUAUAAAAAAUGACAAUAACAAAACAAAUUAAUUAAAGGUUGGGGGUAAAUGUAUUUAAUAAAUGUAACAAAGUUAAUUUAUACUAGCUAUAGUUACUUUUGCAUAAAUUUACUUUAAAACGUUCCUUUCCUGGACUUCAACGCUGCAAACCUGGCAAUCACUUGAUCAAAAUCAAUAUCCUUUCUCGCAUCAAUUUCAGUUGAUAGUAGAGCCAGAUUAGUAAGCAUUAACUAUCCAAAGGUGGAUCGGCAAUAGCUCUUGAUAAGCCUUAGGUUUGAAAAGCUCCGCUCACUUGAAGCCACAGACACACAGAUCGUAAGAAACGAUUGAAAGAUUUGCGACAGUUUUGGAAGAGAUUCUAGGAAGUCCCAUUCAAAAAUUAAAUCCUGACCAGAUCAAAACUUUGUGAAAUUCAUUAUCAGCUGCUUUUAACUUUAGGUGUCUUCUAGGCCUUGGUAUUUCUUUUAAAUGUUCAUCAUAGAAAGAGGUUAAUUUUGGAACGGUCACCAAUAAAAAAAUUAAAUUCAAUAAUUCUUCUUCACUUGCUGUUAGUAGAUUAUUGGAUAGAAUACCCCCAAACAUUCUGCAACUUCCUUGAUAGCCGAUGAUCGGAUCUGGAGUUCAGAAUGAAAGCGAUCAAACACUCCAUUAUCUCCCUACUGUUUUCUUCUCGCAAGGAGGGUCCAGCAUCUAUUAAUUGUUUUCUUGCCAUUCUCUUCUUAAAUCUUAAUCUUCUUUCUACAGAAAUUCUAUAAUGGUAUGAAUUUUAAAAUGCCUUUUAAAUAGCAUGUUCCAUCAAGUGACGGCGCUUCUCGUGCAGAAACAAUCUUAAGUCCUCUUAGGCUGGUCACCACUUUGUCAAGAGUAAAGCCUUUUAGUCUGCAGAUACUGUUGUCUAAGAUUAACUUCCUCAAAUAAUCAGCCCAAAGAUAAAGUUAGGAGAUAAACAUGAAAUCACGGACAGCAUGUAAAAGAUCUUGUGCUGUACCUCUUGUAUCCAAAUUUUCAAGAGGAUCACAUAGAGCUUCAAUUGCUGCCUCACAUUCAUCAAACUUUACUUUCAGUUUUAACAGCAGCUUCAUGCGCACUCAACGUGUUGUCGAAGAUCUUUUCACCGACAUUCCAGUGUGUUCAAUUAAACCAUCCCGCCGAUGAGUGGAUGCAGCAAAGAAGGAAAUAUUCUCUCAAGAUUAUUGAAAAAUGUAAUACAUGAUGCAUUUUCAGCAAAAGAGUUUUGAACACACAAGUUAAGCGAAUGGCUCAAACAUCCAUUAAAAAUCGCUUUUUAAAAUUCUUUCUUUUCAAAAUGACUUGAACACCUCCAUUGAUUCCAGAUAUCGUGGCAUCAUUGUAGUAACCUUGAGCUCUGCACAUCAUUAGGUCAAGUCCAGUGGUCGGCAAAUCGCAGCCUUUUAGAAUCAAGAGUGUGGCUCGGCCGUCGACCACAAAUCGGUUUUGACUCCGAAAAACAUGGUUUUUGACAGGUUCUUGAAAAGAAAUUUGGCUCUCAAAAAAAAAGUUAAUCGUCCUGCUGCUGAUUUUUGGCUCUUUUGACAAAUGAGUUUGCCGACCACUGGUCUAGUCUAUCAUUUUUUAGAUUUGUAAGAAUGCCCGAACUGAGGUCAUCAGCGUUUUUCCCCUCAAAGGAAAAAUCCAAGAAACACUUCUCUCACUUCAAAUCUCCUAUUGUGGAUUGUCACAUAUCUGAUCACUUCAGACAUCUGGUCAUUGUGUGAUCUAUCAAGUGUACUGUCGAACAUAAUUCCAAAAUACCUCGUAGCCUUUAUAUCCAUGUGAAUAAUAUCCUUCACUUUAUUUGCAAGGAAAUUUAUAAAUCAUUUUGGGUUUCUGGUGAAAUGUAAGACGUGGACGCUUUUAUUGUAGAUGUACUGCUCUUUAGUUUCAUUAUGUGCUCUUUUUGCACUGGGUCAUAUUUAGAUAGCAUCUAGACCAAUUCAAAUAAUUUUCCUUUAUUCAAUGAAAAUUCCUCUUUGAUGUGGCCACGAAAUGCCAGAUUUAGCUUUGCAAGGCGCAAUAUGAUAUUUAGCAAACUGUGCAGGAUAUCACUCCACUUUCUCUUCUCCCACUCCAUCACACCAAUACUUUCUGCAUCAAUUGUUUUGUGUAGCCUAAGUCCUGCUGCUAAUGUUUUCCAUUUUUCAAGACAACAUAGAUGCUCUUCCGAUGCUUCGUGAUUUUGUAAUUUUGGACUCAGUUUCCACCACUUAUCAAGCCCAGUAAAAAUUUAGUUGUUGUUUCUGUUUUGAGUAUUUCUUGGUUAAAUAAAUUUAAAUAAAUUACCGGUAUUAAAAAAUAUUAUAAAUUUUGUAAAAUAAUAUUUUUUAACCCUAUAAAUGGGUAAAAAUUCAUUUAUUAAUGUUUUUAAUCUUUACCUAUUCGAUUCAUGUACUUAGAAUCGCCAAACUAUAUCUUAUUUUGUACCAAUGGGAAAUCUUAAUAUCUUAGAGUUUAUAUGAAAAUAUGUUCCUGUCACUUAAGAAAGUUACCGAACAUUUCAAUCGGAGUUGAAUCUUGGUCAUAACGGGGUUUUUCUGACCUAAUUAUAGGGUCACCUCAUUUCCAAUGCAUAAACCUUGAACUUUUAACAAAGCCCGCAUUUGAAUUGAUGACAUAUGUGGGAAAAUUUAUGAGUGAUCGGUUAUCCUUUUAUGAAAUUCGGUUAGAUACUGUACUGCUGUCUAAGAUUACCUUCCUCACGUAGAUCAGCCCAAAGGUAAAGUUAGAAGAUCGACGAAAAUCACGAACAUAUGUAAAUGUAGUACAUAUUUUCAGAUUUAUUUAUUGAUCCCAGACAUUAGAUGUUCGCAUAAAAUUUUUAAAUAUUUUUUACUUUAAAUUUAAAAAAUGCAAAGAAUUCAGUUCCAUAUUUUCAGAUUUAUUUAUUGAUCCCAGACAUUAGAUGUUCGCAUAAAAUUUUUAAAUAUUUUUUACUUUAAAAAAUGCAAAGAAUUCAGUUCCAAAUUUGUUAAUUUCAGCUUUGGAUUUUGUGAAAAAGAUGCCAUUACAGACUCUUAUGCACCUAUUGGUUACUAUGGAAAUGGAUUCAAAUCUGGGUCAAUGCGUUUGGGCAAAAAUGCUUUGGUUUUCACAAGGUGCAAAAACAGUACAAGUGUUGGCUUCCUCUCGCAGACCUAUCUGCAGGCCAUAGAGGCUGAAACUAUACUUGUUCCCAUUCUCGAGUACAACAAAACUAACUAUAAUAUCCUUUUAUUGGAUUUGCUAUUUAUCAAAGCUUUAAGUAGUAUAAAAAUUAGAUAUUUUAAGUAUUUUUCAAGUUCAUUACUGUGUUUUUAUUAAAUAUGACAAUAAAUAAUCUCGUAUAGAUUAGUAGCAUAUUGCAGCAUAUACUAAAAUUUCUAUACAUGUAAUUUAUAUUUUAAUCAUAUCAAAUAAUAAAAUAUGUCAAAAGCAUUUCUAGCUGAAUGUGAAUUAACAUUGACAGGAAAUCUUAGAUCCUCAUUUAAAAUGCUGCAAAUUGAAAUUGAAUUGAAUAAGGAAAAGUGAAUGCUAAAUAUAUGAAAUGAAAUUAUGUAUCCUGACUUAAAAAUUCAGCAACAAUAAAUAAAUCUCUCUAGAAAGGCUAGAAAUAAAUAAUUUAUAUCAAAUUAUUUUGGCAUAUUCAUAUACCCUCCAUUUUCUUUUUGAAAUUGUGAACUUUAACCCUAGCAACUAAGAUGUAAAGAUGACAGUGAAACACAAAACUGUCUGGAAGCUAUUCUGAAGUAUUCUGUUUUUCAUACUGAAACAGAACUCAAGGCUCAGCUUAAAACUCUAGAGUCUUCUGUGACUGGGACAAAAAUAAUUAUUUUUCACCUAAACACGUAAGAUAUCAUUAGCUUUACUGUAUGCGAGUGAACUACAACAAAAAAUAUAUAUGUGUUAGAUAAGUUAAAAUUCAGUAGGCCUACUUUUUUUGUGUGUGAAAAUUUAUUAAUGAAAUUUCAAGACAGUUUAAUUUAUUUUCCCCAAAAAUGUUUGAAAGCUUCUAUAGGGAAGGUCAUAACUACACUCAAUUUUUUUACUUACCUGAGUCAUCAAAUCAUCUGAACAUGAGUCUAGCAUUUUGAUUUAUUUAAUUAUAUAAAGCAUUUUAAUUAUAGCCUACCUAUGACUUACAUUGUUUUUUAUUUUUUUAUUAUCAAAAUUAGUUUAACAUUGGAAAAUACCAUAAAAUUGAUACUUCAGGUUGAUUGAGAGUAGAAGUGGGGAUAAAAUGUUCUUUACUUGAAAUCUUGACUGAAUUGUGUUGUUCAAAUAAAAAUACACUUAGGCAACUUAAAUUUUCAAACUGAAUUUCAAAUGUGUUUGUGUUGAAAAAUAAAUUCUUCCAUUGGUUCCAUUGCACAAAAUUAGAUUGUUCCUCUUAAUAUCUAUUUAUAUUCUGAAAUAAAUUCAUUCUCAAUAAUUGAUAGAAGAUCUCCAAAAAUUAUUUGUUUAGGUAAAGAGUAAAAAAAUUUUGUCACAUGCAUGUUUAUCUUUUUUUAGUUUUAAAUUAGACUAUUUACUAAUGUCACAGAUCACAGGAUGGUAUGUUAGAGCUGGACCUUGUCAGUGACUCAACUGAUAUUCGAUGUCCAGAGACCAUUACCUAUGACAUCGCCAUGACUGCACGACCUGUAGUACAGAAACCCUCAGACUACAGGAGAUCUCUUAGAGUUAGUGUUAUCAUUUAUUUAGAAAAAAAAAUGUUCUGAUGAGCAGUUUAAAUUGCUACAAUGUUUUUAAGCUUAUCUAUGCAGUAAAUAUGUCAGUUUCAGUGCCUGACUAUGCAUCCCAAAAGAGAUAUUAUUCAAUGUUUUGAAACAUUUGAUGUUUUAUUAUGUGAUCUUUUUGUCAUCAGGUGUACACAAGUAUUUUGUAUCUAAUUCCAAGGAUGAAAAUAAUACUUAGGGGAAAGCCAGUCAGGUCUAAACUGGUUUCUAGGUCACUGUCAAAAACUGAAAGAGAUACAUACAGGCCAACAUGGCUGGUAAUUAUUUAUAGAAAUGCAGAUAAAUGGGGAACGUACAAAUGAACAAGUUUAAAUACCUCCCUUGCUACUAUUUUUCCUUGUGAAUAACACAUAAUUAUGAAACUGAAAUUAGUGGGGCUUGAGACUCAAAUAGGAAUUGUAAUGUUUACUUUUCAUUUUGUUUUAUUCAACUUUGAACUGAUGUGCCAUUUUAAAACUAAAUUAGAUUGUAAAAAUAUGCACACAGUAAUUAGACUAUCUCAGAGGAUGCCCAUAAAAAUUAUUUAAACCUAAAUUAGAAGGUAAAAAUAUACACACACUAAAUUGUCUAUCUCAGAGUAUGCCCAUAAAAAUUAUUUAAAUCUAAAUUAGAAGGUAAAAAUAUAAACACACUAAAUUGUCUAUCUCAGAGGAUGCCCAUAAAAAUUAUUUAAACCUAAAUUAGAAGGUAAAAAUAUAAACACACUAAAUUGUCUAUCUCAGAGGAUGCCCAUAAAAAUAAUUUUUGGUUUCAACUGUGAUAUGUUGGAUGACUAUGGAAUGAUGUUGUAUCACAAAAACAGACUCAUCAAGGCCUAUGAAAAAGUUGGAUAUCAGAAACAGGUGAGUUAUGCCGUGAAAUCUGAGACAACUAAAUGUAUGUCUUUUUUAAUAUUUAGUUUAUCUUAUAUUUCUCAGUCAUGUACCAUCUUUUCUAGCUUUGCAUUAAAGUGGGUUUUUUUCAAGGGUAUUUGUAUCUUUUUGCAAACGGUAAAAAAUGUCUACAUUUAUUAGAUGGAUUUGACCUUAUCCCAUUACACAUGCAUACUUUAUCAUUUAAUAUGAUCUUUGUUUUUUUCAAUAUUUUUCAAUUUGUUUUAUGGAUGAAUAAUAAAAAUAGAUCUACAUAUUGAUUUCUAAAUGCCACAUUUUAUUAUCAAAUGUUUAGUUUAAUAUUCAUAUAAAAUUGGAUCUACCUUUUCUCUGACAGGAAAAUGAAUUGGGUGUUGGAGUAGUAGGUGUAGCUGAGGUAGAUUUUCUUGAACCAAUUCACAAUAAACAGGAUUUCAAAACAGAUGAAAAAUACAAGUGAGUAACGUCUAUCUUUAUCAUUAUCAGACAUAGGUCUAUUUGUGAAAUCCCUGAGUUAAAUGCAAAGAACAAAACUAAGAUUAAAUUUAAGAUUUACAAAAUUUGUGUUCAUGGACACAAGCAGGGUGAGGCUUAAUUUAAAUCUCUUCUGACAUUUUUAUCUAUGUUAGGGCCUGGUGCUCAACUGUAAUAGUCAUAGUGUUAUUACUCAUUAAACAUUAUUAUUCACUAUAAUAAUACUUAACUUAAAUUUAAUAAAUUAGGCCAGUUUUGUCCUUCAAAGAAGUUUGAGUGGAAAAGCAUUGAAAAAUAUGUUCAUGUCAUAAAUAUAGUUUUACUUGACAACCCAGACGAUUUUUUUAGUCUUUUAAACUUAAAGCUUUAGCACAAUUUAACUAUUUUCUUUUUAAUAAAAAAAAUGAAUUUAAUACUUUAAAAGUAAAACUGCCAAUUAAUGUUUUUGUGCAUUUUACCAUGUUAUAGAAAAAAUACAUCUCUAGUGGAAAAAUAGUCAUUCUAAUUUUAAAAAGGUACUGUACGUGUUAUAAGAGACUUUUAAAGACAUUUUUCUCCAAUUCAAGUAUAAAUAGUGAAUUUAAACUAUUUCUUCUUCUUGGUAAAUGUUAGUUUAAAUUUUUUUAAUGUAUCAAGCUAAAAUUUGUCUUAGUAGCAAUUUUGGGCCACUAUUAUGUGAUCCUGGAACCCAUUACAAUACAUUUAUUUAGCAAUCUGAAUAGAGAGACUUACUUUCCCAUUCCUAUUUUUGGUUGAUCUAUUUUCACAUUUGUUAAGUUUAUAUUAUGUUUUUGUAAGUUAUAGUUGAUUUCAUCUUUAAAAUGUAAGGGUCUAUUUUUUAUCUACUGAUUACAACUCCAGUUCUGUGAUGAAAGCAUUUGGGGACAAACUCAAUGAUUACUGGAAUGAAAAGAUACAUGGUCAAAAAUCACAAAUUCCUCAUAAAGGAAGGUAUACACUUUUUAUUUCUCCCUAAUUUUUCCCACUAAAUAUUUCUAAAACCCUUAAGUAUAUUGCAUUUGUAAAACCUUGUAAGUCCUUUAGUUUUUACCUUCUGUUUUAUGUAAGUGUAAAGUAUUACCUUAACUUUUUUUAUCUGAAAUGUUUUAGGGAAGUCCCUGAUCUUUGGGCGCAAUGUGAUACCUGUCUAAAGUGGCGACGCUUGCCAGGUGUAAGUACUAAAAAGUCUCUUCCUGACAAGUGGUUUUGUUUCCUAAAUCGUGAUGCUACACAUAAGUAAGUUUAUUACUUUAUAUAAAUCAUUAAUAAAAAUAUUGGAUAUUUUUUAAAGUUAAAGAAUAUGAAUUAUUUCUUUUCUGAUAACUUGUUUUUGGAUCAUUAUUUUAUGAAGAGUUGUCUUGGAACAGUCUUGGGCAAUAACUAAAAUUUUUGCCAAAAAUGACAUGGAAAGGCCUUUAGUUUAAAAAUCAUUUGACAGAAUCAACUUAUUUCAAAGUUUACUCUGUAAGAUAUCACUCAUUUGACAUAUCAAGAGCAGCAACAGACUUUAAAAAAAAUACAGGUACCAGAAGAAGUGAUCUUCACAAGAAAUCUUGGCUUUAUUAUUUCACCUCAAUUUGUUAGAUGUUGUGGGUUUAAAACACUGCCUUAUAUCUGGAAGUUCUUUUAUAGGAAUAAAAGUCUGGUAGACACCGGAACCAAAUUAUAUCACAGCUCUGUGGGAAAUUUACCUGCUCCAUCUCCCCUGUUCCAUCCAUCCCUGUUCAACCCAUCUAACCUCUGCCUAUCAAGCAGAGAAAACAUGUUAUAAAUUGAUAAAGCCUUGACGUUGAUUUGCUCACAACAUUUUAUUAGCCAAGAAAUGUUCUUUAAAAGUUAAUGUAUGACAGAGUAUAAUAAUUAUGUUCAUAAUGCUAACAAUAUGUUCUGUUUGUAGCCGCUGUGACAUACCUGAAGAGACAGAAGGAGAUGAUGAAGAAGUUUUAAAACCAAGUUAUAAAAAAACCUUCAAGCAGAAGCGGUGAGUUAUUCUACUAAAAAAGACAAUGAAUUUUUUUUUUUUAAAUUAGGUUUUGCUGCUUUGCUUUUAAUCAGCUAUUGUUAUGAUUAUAAUGAUAUUGUCCACCUUGCUAAAAUAAGUGAUACAUCAAGUUGAAAAACAUAUUGUUCACAUUUCUGCAUCAAACACGCCAAUCAAGUCUUGUUGUAUUUUUACUGAGCCACCAUAUAUAAUAUAACAGCAUAAAUUUUAAUUACCGAUAUUCUCUAUCCCAUCAAUGAGAUAACUAUUCUAUUAAUAGGUGUAGAGCACUAAAGUAAAUGCUCGUUUUUAUUGUUUAUUUAUAGGAACAGACUAGGUGCCUAAUUUCACUAAAACAAAACAUAACUUUUGGACUAAAGUUUAUCUUAAUUUUUAAUUUGAUCAAUAACUUACAUCUGAUAAUUUGUAACAGCAUUGGUGUUAACAAAUUGUAAAUAACAAAACAACACAGUCUGAAAAUUCUUUCAUAUUUAAAAAAAGAAGCAUUAUUUAUUAAAAUAAUGCUAAAUAGCCAUUUGAUUACCACUAUGGUAUUGUAUGAAAGAUUUUCAAGCAAUGCCUAUUUUAUGCAUUAUUCAUACAUGUUUUCUUUCCCUGAUAAAUCCAGGAAGGAAGAGAGACAAAAGGAGAAGAAAAUCUGUGAGGUGAGAUUGAGAUGCAACUAAAUAUUGUUGAGGGCAAUUUUAGUGAUUUUUAGUUCAGGUCUAUGUUGAAUUUUAUAAUAGUUUGAAGUCGAAUGUCUGAAUUAAUACUGAAAAUCAAUAUUAGAAAGCAGACCCUCUUAUUAACCAAUUUCACCAUUUUAAAACAGGGCUACUUAAUUUAAAUGACUUUUUAUCGUUGGGCCUGUAUCUUUUAUUAAAGUUAUAGGACUCCAGAACACGUCUAUUUAUAAGUAUGAAUCAUUGAGAGUAAGUCUUGUAGGACACUAAAAUUUAAGAAAUUCAAUUUUUCAAUCACAUUGACAUUUAAUGACUGCAAUUUUUGUCAAUAUAAAGAUACAUCAUGUAGGUUUUAUUACUCGUACAAGAGAAAAUAAAUAAUAUAUUGCAUUUUUUAUUUUAAAAGAAUACAUACAAAGGCUUGUGAUAUGCUUUGCAUAAAGCACAAUCUUAAAUGUACAAGUCUUUAUCAUACUUCAUGUAGGUUUUAAGAUGUCUGUGCAUAACCACAUCUAUCUGGUGUCAACUCUCGCUUCAUGUUUUGUUAAAGUACAUCAAAAUUGAUUGUUUUUUUUUAUAAAUGCUGAACUAUUAACUAUUAAGUACUGUACAAAUUGAAAAAAAAAUUGUUUAAAAUGUUAUUAAAUUUCCUUUUUUUAACUUUUGUCUUUUACACUUAUAACUGACUUAAUAUACAUGGUCAGGAUAUACUAAGGCAAGCAUCUGAGUCAACAGUUCAAAACAGUAAAGUCCAUUCUUUAAGACUCCAAAGGUUUGUUAAAUUUUAAAAUUUACCUUGGCCUACAUGUUUGUGAAAUCUGAAAAUUAAUUAUAACAAAGGCUCAAAAGACAGGGCACUUUGCCUUCUCCUUGGUGGCAUUAUUUGUGUUUUCUUGUUUUAUGAUACUUCGUUAAGCAAAGUUUAAUAAGUACAAGUGUCCAUUUAAGGGAAAAGAUUGACAUCACCCAAAUAAAUAUUCAGAUUUUAUAUCCGUAUUAGUAUUAAGAAAUAAAAAUAUUCUCUGGGAAUUUUUUUAUUACAAAAAUGUAUAAAUUACAAGGUAAAGACAAUUUGUUUUCACUCAAACCACCAUAUCAAUCAUUUUAAUAAUUGUAAGGAGAAAUUUUCAUUUUAAAACAUAAUAAUUACAACUAUUUCAUUUUAUAAAUUUGAUGUAUAAUUUUUAUAUUUUUUGAUACUACUGAUCAUAUUUUAAAAAUAUGUCUUUAUUGUGCAUCAUAUUCUAAUAAUGACAAAAUAAUAAUUACUGGAUAUUUUUAAGGAUUUUAUGAAGAUUUCAGUUCUGUUAUUUCUUACAUUUUUAAAUUAAGUAAAAAAAUUAGCUAAUUGCAGGUAAUUUAAUUAUAACUACAAUACAUCUGUAAAAAACAUUUAGUUUAUUUAUGGUACUCAUUUUCACAGCAACCAUAAAUAUUUUUUUAAAAUUUUUAACCACUGCAACUGGAGAUAAAUUUCUAAGAAUCUCUGUUAUAGAAUUCUAUUAAUUUUGUACCAUUUUCAUGCCAAUAGUUUAGACCCCACUGUAACAUUAAAUUGUUUCAGGUCAUCUUUAAAACCAUCACCAGAGCAAACAGCUACUCCUACAACAGAGAAUCAACCAGCUGACACAUCACACAUGGAUGACAGUGAUGAUGACUUUCAGUCCACACCAUCAAAAAAGCCUCAUUUAGAUCAGAACAUAAAGCAUUCCAAAUAUGAAGCUAAUUCUCUUCAGCUGGCUCCUUCAUUCCUAAAAAAGAAACCAGACAAGAUAAGGAACACGGAGGAAGAUGUUACAUCACCUACAUCAAGUAACCAACAAGGUAAAUAGAUUUGUGAAUAGAAGUAUGUUUUUCAUUAAAUAAUAAUGCUCUCAUGUGAUUUUAAACUACUUUAUAUAUAUACAAGAUGCCUUUUUGUGAAAUGUUUAACUGCUACUGUUAGUAUUUAUUAUUGAGUUUAACAUAUAUUUUUAGAUACCAUUAAUGUAAGGCUAUAAUUAGUCAGAUUCUACAUAGUGUUAAGCCCUUUUUACCAGCCUUUCAUUGAAUAUUUCAUAACUGUUUCUUGGUGUGGUUCAGCCCUUUAUAAGACUAAAUAUUUGUGUUAAGCAUAGCUGAAAUUUUAGUUGUGGCUUCAAUUUACUUGCUAAAUUCAAAUGAAAAUUGACAUAAAAAAUUUCAUGUAGUUACAUAUGGUGUAUGGGCAUUAAUUUUAAAUCAUCUUUGUAAAUUUAACCAUGCAGAAACAGUGAGUUCACUCAAGUUAAGCAAAACAUCUUUAUUUAUUUUAGUCAUUGCUUUACUUUUAUUAAAUCUAAAACUUUGUUUGCAUUAUGCUAAAUAUCACCAUUAUUAAAAUGAGCAUAAAAGUGUGAUAUAUAAUUUAUAAUGCUGAAUCAAAUUAUGAAGCAUUUCUCCUUUUUCAGACAAUUACAAUACUGAAGGUUAUGAACAAGAUGAGGCACAAGAAGUAAGUGCUACAAAUGAUCAUGAAUCAGAGUCUAAAAGAGGAAUUGGGAGUUUGAAUGGAACAGAGACAUCCCCUGUUGGGCCUAGUCAGAUAAAAAACAUUAGCAGCUCCAAUGAUGUCCCCCUGGAGGAACAUCCAUCUUUAACGUAUCCAUUGGCAAGGAAUGAUCUUACAAGACGAAACAAAGAAACGGAUGAAUCUGUGGAGGGACAAAGAACUACCCAAAAAGUCCAAGUAAAGAAAGAUAAAGAAGGAGAUGUUAGAGUAAAGUUAGAGAUGGCAGAUGAAGCAACACUAAUCUCAUGUCAGAGCAACUCACCUUGCUCUGGUUCACAGUUAUUGGAAAUGAUGAGGAAAAAACUGAAAUUGAGAGAGAAAGACCUUGAAGACACAGAGGAAAGGUUUAGGAAAUUCCGUUCUAAUGUUCAAAAUCUUUUAGCCUUCAUGGCACCUGACUUGGAUGUGAAGGAAGUGAAUGAUAUUGAAAUCCUAGUUGAGAAUUUAAUUAAGAAAUAUCAGGAACCAGCCAAGGAGGAAGGUGAUUUGGAAGAAGAUUAUAAAGUGGACAAACCAGGUAUUGACCUCAAACAGCCCCUGGUUGAAUUUCAGGGUUCCAAUUCAAGCCUGAAUAAGACCAAGUCCAAAGCUAAUGAGAAACAAUGCUGCAUAUCCUGAAUUUCAAGACUCAUGCUAAAUUUGUUGAUAAUAUAGCUAGUAUGUUCUGAUUACUACUUGAUUUUGUUGCACAGCAGUUUAAAAUUUAAACAAAUUUUUAUAUUUUAGUUUUAUAGUUUAAAUAACCAUUUGCAAUGAAUAAGGCAAUAUGGUUGACUAAAUAGAAAUAAUGCUUUAAAAAUAGCAUUAAAAUACCUGGUAUGUGAUUUGAUUCUGAAGACAUUUUUUUAAAAUUUACACAAAUGUUAUAUUUUUUAAUUGAUAGAUAAAAAUAUUGUUGUGAUCGAGGAAUAAUUGUACAGAAUACCGGUAAUUGAAAAAGAUUGAAAGGAAGAACCUGUAAAUCUACUUUACUUGGCACUCAUAUUUAAACCAAGGCUGGGCUACCUUAGUACCUAUCAUGACCUAUGACAUCUAGGUUUCUUAUCCACUGACCCACUUAAGUGGCUGAACUUUUGGGUCUUGUAAACUCCUUUAUUAUUAAUUUUAGCUUUUUAAUAUUAUAAAAUACUACAUUUAAGCUUUGUUAUUUGCUUCCAAAAUAAAAUAUAUUUACUUAUGAUUAAAUAAUGUUUUACCUUAUAUACUACGGUUGAUUGUUCAGAAAAGAACUUGUAAUAAAUCUUAAUUAUUUUUCCAUUACUUUCUACUGUAACACAUGUGUCAAAUUAGGUUUUUACUUUUCUGGAGUGGUGUACCUAGGGGGUUCAAAUCGCCUCAGGCAUCACUUUUGGGGUUAAAGCUAAUAUUAAAAGAAUUAUGUUUGUGUUAGGGGACACACUUUUGAGUUUCCCCAUUUAUUCUAGGUACUACAAUUGCCUUUUGGUAAAAGGCUUUUGUUGUUUUUUAUUGGUGUAUUAGAUUUUUCUUAUUGACAUUUAUAGUAGGCCCCUAUGUAUUUAUAUAUUUUUUUACUGCAGUAUA